AUGAAGUUGCUGCUUGUUGUUGCUGCUGUUCUGGCUGUAUCCAGCUGUGCCAGCAUCUCUCUGGAAGAUCUGGAGUUUCACGCCUGGAAGCUCAAGUUUGGAAAAUCCUACAACUCUCCAUCAGAGGAGAGUCACCGGAAGCAGAUCUGGCUCACCAACCGCAAAAUUGUGCUAAUGCACAACAUCUUGGCCAAUCAGGGCUUCAAAUCCUACCGCCUUGGUAUGACCUACUUUGCUGACAUGGAAAAUGAAGAGUACAAAAAGCUGAUUUCUCAGGGCUUCCUUGGCUCCUUUAAUGCUUCUCUGCCUCGCCGUGGCUCUACCUUCCUCCGGCUCCCUAAAGGUAUUGAUCUGCCCGACACUGUUGACUGGAGGGAUAAGGGAUAUGUCACUGAAGUCAAGAAUCAGAAGAUGUGUGGCUCCUGCUGGGCCUUCAGUGUAAUCCUGGCAGAUUGUGGAUUCUAG